UUCUUUAAAUUACAGUACAACAUACAAAUUUAGAUUUGGGUUUUCCUGUUUGCAUGUGAAUACUAUAUAUAUAUAUAUAUAUAUAGAGAGAGAGAGAGAGAGAGGGAGACGAAUAUUAGCUUUAGUUUCGAAUUGUUUCUUUGCAGAUUUGGCAUAAACAAAUGGGUCUGCCCAGGUUUACAAGGCCUAAGGGAGAAGAUGGGCAGUUGAGCACUAACCUUUAUGUAGCAAAUUGUGGACCAUCAGUUGGAAUUUCAUAUGAAAUGAUAGAAUCGGUUUUUAGUAGGUUUGGACAAGUGAAAGGUGUGUAUGCAGCUGAUGAGAGUGGUGCCCGAGUUAUUGUUUCUUAUUUUGAGGUGGAUUCUGCUCAAGCUGCCUUCAAAGCUUUAAAUGGAAAUUUUUGCUCUGAUCUUGGAGGACGUCAUUUGCAUAUCCGUUUUUCGGUUCUUCAACCAACUUGUGAGAGACGGGCGAAUGAUUACAUCCCAGUGUCUCUGGAAGCUUCAGAAUUAAACAUCCCGGGCCUUUACUUGUUGCAUGACUUUGUUAAUGUGAAAGAAGAACAGGAAUUGCUUGCAGCUGUUGAUGGUCGACCUUGGAAUAAUCUCUCUAAAAGAAGGGUGCAGCAUUACGGAUAUGAAUUUUGUUACGACAUAAGGAAUGUCAAUACAAAACAGCAGUUGGGUGAACUUCCAUCAUUUGUUUCUCCUAUACUCGAAAGGAUUUCAUUGUUUCCAGACCUUGUGAAUUCUGCAAGUUUAAUCUUGGACCAACUUACUGUUAACGAGUACCCGCGUGGGGUGGGCUUGUCCCCACACAUUGACACCCAUUCAGCAUUUGCAGGAUUAAUUUUUAGCCUUUCAUUAGCAGGGCCUUGCAUAAUGGAGUUCCGGAGAUACUUAGAUGGUUCAUGGGUUCCUAAAGCUGCAUCAAGUAAUGAUGUGAAAGUUGAAAAUUUUGAUGAUGGCUCAAAUCUAAUAAGGAGGGCUAUCUAUCUUCCUCCUCGUUCUAUGCUCCUAUUGUCUAGGGAAGCCCGUUAUGCUUGGCAUCAUUACAUCCCACAUCAUAAGAUUGACUUGGUAAAUGACAAUGUGGUCAAUAGGGGCUCAAGAAGAGUAUCUUUUACAUUUCGAAAGUUGUAUAGAAGGGAAUUUGAAAUGAAAGAGGUGCAAAGAGGUCCUUGCCAAUGCGAAUUUCCCCAAUACUGCGACUCCGAAAGAUGAGGUGAAGUUCUUUCAAUGGAAUUUGAGGUUUUUUACCAGAUUCAACAAUCUGAUUUAGAAAAUUUGAGUUUAACCGAGUCUCAGAGUCCUUCAAAUAGAUGAACGGGAGAGAUUAAUUGUGCAUCUUGCAAGGAAUAGUUGAAUGAGGAUGUCACGGUCACAGAUGUAGUUAUAGAUCUACUUGCUGGGUAUCUAAAGGGUUCUAUUUGAGAUUUCUUCGUUUCUUCCUUAUUUUUGGUUGUUCACACAAUUUGGCUUCAUCGAGAGAAUCGAACUAUCUUAUGUCAAGAAUACAGUUUUGGGAAAUGUUACUUGUACGUCAGGAAUACAAACUUUCAAACAACUUCCUGUGGACAAAUUGAUUCCUAAGUUUACUGGGUUUGCAUUUAUGUUAUGAACAUUUUAACUUGAAAAUUUCA